AUGAAGUCAUCAAGUGUCAUUCUCGCCUUCUCAGCACUGCUGGUGCAGAGCGCACUGGCUGCGCCUCACGUUUUCGUUGUGCCUCGUCAAGAUGCUACGCUCCCAAGCCCUGCUGCUGGAGGCGCUGCCCCGCCCGCGCCUCCAACUGGCGCUGCUCCAACAGGUGCACCUCCGGCACCGCCUGCUGACGGUGAGGGAAAAGGCAAGGCAAAGGGCACUGGUGCUCCGGAUGCCAAAGGCGAUGCCAAGGGUGCAGCUAAGGGCAAAGGUGCCGGUGCAGCUCCUCCUACUCCACCUGCUGCGGGCGGAGCACCACCAGUGGGAGCCGCACCUCCUGCUCCACCAGCGGGAGCCGCACCUCCUGCUCCUCCAGCGGGAGCUGCACCUCCUGCACCACCAGCGGGAGCCGCACCUCCUGCUCCACCAGCGGGAGCUGCACCUCCUGCCCCACCAUCUGGUGCCGCUGCCCCGCCUCCACCUGCUGCAGGCGGAGCAUCUGGUGCGGGCGGAGCGCCUGCUGCGGGCGAAUCACCUGCCCCAGCAGCAGCAGCCAUGAGGAAAAGAGCUACACCUGACGCAGCUCUUCCUCCUCCACCGCCGGCUGCUGAGUCUGGCCUCCCACCUCCGCCACCACCUGCAGGCUGUGAGGCCCCCCCUCCCCCUCCACCAGCCGCUGGCGCCGCCGCCGCCGCUGCCGCUGAUGCUGUUCCCCCUCCUCCUCCUGCUGGUGGCGCCCCUGACGCCAAAGCCUGCCCUCCGGGUCCGGCCGCGAACGGCACUUUGCCGGAUGCGAAGGGCAAGAAGGGCAAGGGCAAGAGCGUGGGUGCGGGACCAGUGCCGCUUCACAGGAGGCAUUAG